GAAAAAAAAUAUGGCGAGUUGUUUGUUGUCCCCGCACGACACAGUUUCCGCACGUCUGUAGGUCUUUCAUAACGGUAGAGGUAGCAGUUUUUCGGAGCGUAACUAAAGCAUGCACGUGGCUCGGCCCAGUAAUCGCGACAACACCACGUGAGUGCCGGCGACCAUGCAGUGCGCAGUGACGAAAGGUGCGAAGCCACCACCAGCGCAGUGAGAAGAGCAUCGGGAGAUGGUGUGACGACGAUCCGCUAGCGGAGCAAGCGUCGCUGGGUUUAUUGUCGCCGCGUUCCUAACCGAAGGCUCGGCAGCGCGCGCUCGUCAUGUUCUCGUACGCGUACCGAAUACGGUGCCUGCAGAAACUGCAUUCGGAAGCGUUUAUGGGUCUGAACGCCGUGUGCUUGCCGGACUGCCUGCCCGCCGGCGCCGUCUACCGAUCGAGCCUUCCAGCGACGCCCGUGUCGACGCCGAUCCGCGAGAGCUGGAUCUUCUCGGAGCAGCAGCUUCGCGAUCGUCUCUGCAAGACCCCUUCCCCUAGAAAGUGUCGCUUCUUCGACCCUAGGCGCUCCGAGUCCGGCCUCAACAGCUUCGACAACGAGUGGCUCGACUCGGCUCGCCGGAAGAUGGAGACCGCCAUGGAAGACGACAAGUCGGACGAAACGAGUCCCGAGGACGCGGACAGCGUCAAGGAGAACGAGACCUUCUACCAGAAGAAACUUUUCGUUGGCAACAUCAGUUAUCGGGUUACGAAGCGUCAGCUGGCUAACUUCUUAAGCAAGUUUGGGAAAGUUGUGGACUGCACCAUUGUGCAGGACCACAUCAAACGAUGGCCCAAAGGGUAUGGUUUUGUGACAUUUUCCAAGGUCGAAGAGGCCGAAAAAGCUAGGAAUACUCCCCCCGACCAGUUGGAGCUUGAUGGCAGGCAGUUGCGGCUGCUUCCAGCCAACAAGACAAGGGUUUCGAAAAUGCGAAAAGAUGCCCAGGUGGCAGCCGAGCGAAGAGCCCUUGCUAGGGAAUUGGACGGUGAUGAAGAGUCGUCGGACAUGGAGGCGGACGUGACCCCAGCGACCCCUCCUCCUUCUCCUCGUCGGUCGGUGGACCAUAUAGACGACCUGCCGGACGACGCCCUGCUUUUGGUGCUUGCCUGGCUUGACAUCAAGUCACGCAUCCGCAUUGAGAGAGUUUGCCAGCGCUGGCGGCGACUGGCACUCCGUCUCUGGAGGUCUCAGGACAAGCUGUCUUUCUCGGGCGUUUUCUCGGUUCGCGACGGAAGGAUGUUGACCGUGAACAUUCUGCGAGCCCUCCUGGUUCGCUGCGGUGAGUCCUUGCGUAGCCUGGACCUGGCCUCUGCUUCACACGCCCUCGACUACAAGGCAGCUGAGGCUAUCAGCAUGCUUUGUCCCAACCUGGAGUACCUGGAUGCGUCUGGUGUGCACCUGACCAAUGUGUCUGUCCAGCAGCUCGCCCAAAAGUGCCCUAAGCUUAAGACGGUGUUGCUGAAUAGGUGUAGGGAUGUUGGCGAGAAAGGUCUUUGGUGGCUUCUUCAUCUGUGCAAGUAUUUAGAACAUUUGGACUUGACGGAAUUGCACAAGUUAUCUGGUCAGUGUUUCCACAUGGCGGGAGUUCGGUUGCGCCGUCUUGUGCUUCGUGGCUGUUCGGGUUUGACUGCGACGGGCCUCUCCAAGUUGGCCACCAAGUGCUGCUUCCUGUCGGAGCUGACGCUGAGCGAAUGCCUCCAAAUCUCGGACCAUGACCUGCUCCUGUUGUGUCAGAACCUGAGGGCGCUAAGAGUGUUCCACCUGUCAGGAUCAUUCCUCAAUUUGACUGCUGACAGUAUUGGUGCCAUCGGCCAUUUGCCCCUCUUAGAGGAGCUCAACCUGAGUCACAACAUGGCUGUCAACGACGUUGUCAUUGGAGCCAUAUGCGCAGGCUGCACCAAGCUGAGGUUUCUGGACCUCACUGCUUGCAGUCAGGGCAUCACCGAUGUUGCGUUGAACCACCUGUCUAAGUGCUCUGGAUUGCGGCAGCUGAAACUCAACUAUCUGGGACAGAUCACAGAUUCUGGCCUGGGUAGCCUGUCCUGUCACGGUUUGCUGCACAGUGUUGAACUUCGGGGAUGCCCUCAGGUUUCGGAUGGAGGGGUGCUGAUUCUCGUGGAACUGUGUCGGGAUCUGAGGCUGCUUGACGUCAGUGGCUGUGAGCGUGUGACUAACGCAGCUGUCACUGGUGCCAUGGAUAUUGUGGGGGAGCGGUCGAAUGUGCUCACAAUUGUCAUUGGUGGCACGUUCGUGGAGCCGGACCAGCUCUGCUUGGACCCAAAGAGCAAGCUUAAGAUUGAUCGGCGCAACUUCUGCGUUGAAUUGUUCAGACCAGACAGGCUGGAGCGCAUGUUGUCCUUUCACGAAGACGCUGACGUUUGGGAUCUGGAUGGCUACGAAGGUGACGGCGAAGCUGAAGCGAGGGCCCUAGACAUGUUGGAGAACGAUGAUCCCCUACUCAUGGAAGACUACAUCUUGUCAUGAUGCUGGAUGCUGCAGAGGGGGUGGCUGCGUGCCGAGGCAGACGUGGAAGACGCUCAGAGUCUCAGCUCUCCAGAUGUGUCACGCUCUCACUUUUCUCGUACCACUUCGCUGUCUUCUUCUCCCACAUCACCCACCUAAAGUAGAAAACAUUGCGUGCCUCACCCUUCCCCCCAUCUCCGCAGCCUUUUCAUCAUAUAAGAUGGCCUGACUGCAGUGUACAUAGCUUGGAAAAUGGCGCCUUUUCGCGCGUCGUCACGUUUUCCCGGGCACGUAAUGCUUGCUGAUUCUGUUUUUUUUUUAGUCGUUCAAGUUGGAAGCAACCCGCUUUUCCCCCUCCCCUCCUCGAUUGUUUGCCAGCAAGAGAAGUUUGUGAUAUAGGUUUAGGCUUUCGAAUAGGCAUAGUCUUGUUGUGGAACUUUUGCUGGCUUUUUGAGUGACGAACGAUUUGUGUAUGUAGGGUAAUGCUAGGGCAGCUGUGUUCUUGUCCUGUGUAGGAGGGACGCUUAAAAGGAAGGCAUUCGGAAUUGUGCGUUUUUGCCUUUUAGCCCCGUGUUCAACAAAAAGACAUAAAUUUCCGCUGCGGUUGAGCGAUUGAUCACAGUUUUCGUAUUUUUGCUGUUAUGUGUCUGCUUCAGAAAGUUAUUGCACAUGGUUAAUAAUAUGUGUUGUUUUCUAGCCAGCUGUGCAGGGGGCAGCAUUAGGGAUCUUAUGUAGUCAAACUUUCAGUGGCACAUUAUGACAUUUGAUUUCCUAAGUAUUGAUGUAAGUAGGUAGUUAAUUUGUUACUUACUGGAUUGUUUUUAUAUCAUCAGCUUCAACAUUAGCGAGCGAAAAAAGAAAAUGCUCACCGUUUUCUGAAGCAAUCUCUUCCACAGCAAAACACAACCAUUUUGUGUUACUAUUACUACUCGCAAUAUGCAUACAUGUAUAUGUGUGCACAAAGACCUGUGGUGCUUGCUUGGGUUGUUGUAUGUAAGUCACUGUUUUAGUUUUGAUUUCUGUUUAAAUGGCCAGUUAUCAAAAUGCUCUAUUCUACAGUAGCACCUGAUAUAUAUUGUCACAUAUUUUCUGGAAAAGCACUGGCUUCAAAGGUGUGUAGUUAUACCUUGUCGUCAAAUAGAUUUCUUGAAAUGCGUUGUGAAUAGUCCCAGUAAAUCAACGAUUGAAGGCAUUUGGGCUCCUCGCAUUAUUGCUUUUCAUUCACAAAGGUUAUCGGAAAUACGACAUGCUGUUUGAGGCUUGCUUCAGACGGAAGGGAUGCAAAUGCUAAAGCCUGCGUAAAUGAGAUGCGUAGACAAACAGAACCCUCCAAACACAUCACAGUUUCUCACACAGCUUCAUCUGCAGCAUCCCAAAAGCCAAUUCCAAUGCUUGUGCAACGCUGACGUCUGCAUUUCCAGAGUGCUUUUCGUUGUGAAUCUGAUGUCUGACUUAUCUGUGUGUGGCGGUAGCCGCUGUUGAGAAGAGUUGUUGACUGCUGUACACAAUGCUCUAUUUUUCUCUCUCCUUGUUGUUUGCAGCAGCUGCAAAAUAGAUUAAAGAUGGGCAGGCUGCCCAUUCUGCGUUGA